GCCACUCUAUUUUAAGGUCAUGUAAACAAACUUUAUAUAAAUUUUACAAAAAUGAAUUCUAUAAGAGAAAACUUCAGAUCAAUCAUGGUUAUUGCAACAUUUGUAGGUGGCAUUGUUGCUGCCAGCUACCCAAUAAUAAUAUCACCGUACUUGAAUCCAGCACCUUGGAAGAAAGAGCAAAGUAUUGGCAGACGUGGUAUUGACAGAGAAGCUAUUCAGCCUGGAGGAAUGAAAGUAUGGACAGACCCUUUUGAUCGGAAGAAAAGUUAAGAAUCUGGAGAAUUCUGUGUAUUAACCUUUUUUUUCUUAAGAAGCAUGCUAGUAAAGACAUUUUUUAUGAUAGCUAAGUUUUCAAACUCUUAAAAGUACACAACAACAAAAGAUUGUGCUACAUAAUGUUCAACAUCUCAUUUUUUAUUUUGUAAUUAUAUCUCAAGUAACUCAAUGCUAUUCAGCAAAAAUUUAUACAUUCACUUAAUUUUACUGUGAUACUUGACUGUUAAAAUGUUAAAUUGUACUUUUUAAUGAAUAAAAACAACAUAUAAAAAUAAUGUAUUUUGAUAACGAUGGUUUGACCAAUCAUGAAAUAAAAAUCAGUGAAUGCAUCUGUGUUUUAAUUGAACUGAAGGUUUACAGCUUUUACCGAGUCAUAGUCUGAUUAUUAGCUUGUUUCCCCUGUCUAGCCAUAAAAUGUCUUUUUUUUUUUUUGCUCCAAAACAAUGUCAUACUGGGUAUGAAAAAGGUGUAAAAUAGUUUCUUCAAUUUAUUUUGCUGUUUAAAUAUUUAAAAUAUUUAAUGAAUGUUAAAAAGAAACAACAUUGAAAAAAAUUAUUUAAUAUUAUGUUUAUUAUUAUUUUUAAUUUAUAGAAUUGAAAAUUAUAAAUUUGAUUAAUUGUGUGUAUGUUUAUUCAUUGUGUGAAUGAUAUUUCUCUAGUGUUGACCUAAUUGAAAUUGUGUAACUAAAAUGACUCUUGUUGCGCUGUAUGUAGUAUGUCUUAAUGACUCAUUUAAUAAUAUUCACAUAUGUAUAUCAUCAUAGUAUAGUAUACUCAUACAAAGGAAUACAUUCUUAAAGUGUUUAACUAACUUCAUAAAUUUAGCCUAGGUUUAGUAGUAAUAUAUAUAGGGCCUAUAUAUGGGAAAAAAAAGUCUGAUUAUGUUUAACAUUUACCCAAGUUUGACUCAAUUCUAAGUUUAACCACAGAGACUAUAAACAUAAUCUCAUUACAAACAUUGCAUUCAUGCCUAGUAGUUAAAAGAAAAUCUCAACAUUUAAUGGAAUAGUAUAUUUGUAUAGGGUAUGGAAAUAACAAGUGAAGUACACAAAUAUUAAGGAAUCAUAAGAUAUCAUUGAAUGUAAGUUAACUGUGAAUUUUAUUUUAUUUAGUAUUUUUUUGUUUUUGAAUAGUUGGCAAUGGAAUAAAUUUUCAUAGAUCAUGUUUAA